AUGUGCUAUGAUAAGGAUCAACCAUUUAUCAGUGAUAUGUGCUAUGACAGGGAUCAACCACUUAUCACUAAUAUGUGCUAUGAUAAGGAUCAACCAUUUAUCACUAAUAUGUGCUGUGAUAAGGAUCAACCACUUAUCAGUGAUAUGUGCUAUGACAGGGAUCAACCACUUAUCACUAAUAUGUGCUAUGAUAAGGAUCAACCACUUAUCACUAAUAUGUGCUAUGAUAAGGAUCAACCAUUUAUCAGUGAUAUGUGCUAUGACAAGGAUCAACCACUUAUCACUAAUAUGCUAUGA